CCGCGUUGCAUCAUCUCCCGCCGGUGGCUGCUCUGGAAAGGCUGGGCGCGGCGCGACCCAUUUCGCCUGGGACUCCAACCCGCACUCCUGCGCCUCUCCUCGCCCUUCUCGCACCUGCUCCGGGGCCAGGCCGGUAGAUUCCCCGGGGACGCUUCCCAGAACCUGGGGGGCGCGGCUGGCAGACCUCACCAGCUCCGUCCGAUCCAUUCUUUGGGAGCCCGGUCUCCUUCCAGAGUCCGAGUCCCCUGCCUCCAGCUCGGAGCGGCAGGCCCAGCCAUGGAGAAGAGCAGCGAGACCAACGGUUACCUCGACAGCGCCCAGGCCGGGCUUGCGGGGGCGCCAAGCGCGCCGGGGACCGCGGCGGGACGCGCGCGGCGCUGCGCCGGCUUCCUGCGGCGCCACGCGCUGGUGCUGCUCACCGUGUCGGGCGUGAUGGCGGGCGCGGCCCUGGGCGCGGCGCUGCGCGGGGUCGGGCUGAGCCGCACGCAGAUCACCUACCUGGCCUUCCCGGGCGACAUGCUGCUCCGCAUGCUGCGCAUGAUCAUCCUGCCGCUGGUGGUCUGCAGCCUGGUGUCGGGCGCCGCCUCUCUGGACGCCAGCUCCCUCGGGCGUCUGGGCGGCAUCGCCGUCGCCUACUUUGGGCUCACCACGCUGGGGGCCUCGGCGCUCGCCGUCGCUUUGGCGUUCAUCAUCAAGCCGGGGUCCGGUGCGCAGACCCUUCAAUCCAGCGACCUGGGGCUGGAGGAUUCGGGGCCUCCUCCAGUCCCCAAAGAGACGGUGGACUCUUUCCUCGACUUGGCCAGAAACUUGGUUCCCUCAAAUCUUGUGGUUGCAGCUUUCCGGACGUAUGCAACCGAUUAUAAAGUGGUGACCCACAACACCAGCUCUGGAAACAUAACCCAAGAAAAGGUCCCCAUUAGCACCGAGAUCGAAGGGAUGAACAUUUUAGGAUUGGUCCUUUUUGCGCUGGUGUUAGGAGUGGCCCUAAAGAAACUAGGCUCUGAAGGGGAAGACCUCAUCCGUUUCUUCAACGCCUUCAACGAGGCGACGAUGGUGCUGGUGUCGUGGAUUAUGUGGUACGUACCUGUGGGCAUCAUGUCCCUGGUUGGAAGCAAGAUUGUGGAAAUGAAGGACAUCGUCGUGCUGGUGACCAGCCUGGGGAAAUAUAUCUUUGCAUCUAUAUUGGGCCACGUUAUUCAUGGAGGAAUUGUUCUGCCGCUUAUUUAUUUUGUUUUCACACGAAAAAACCCAUUCAGAUUCCUCCUGGGCCUCCUCACACCAUUUGCAACAGCAUUUGCUACCUGUUCCAGCUCAGCAACCCUUCCCUCCAUGAUGAAGUGCAUUGAAGAAAACAACGGUGUAGACAAGAGGAUCAGCAGGUUUAUCCUCCCCAUCGGGGCCACUGUGAACAUGGACGGAGCCGCCAUCUUCCAGUGCGUGGCCGCCGUCUUCAUCGCCCAGCUCAACAACGUGGAGCUGAACGCAGGGCAGAUCUUCACCAUUCUAGUGACCGCCACAGCGUCCAGUGUUGGAGCAGCGGGUGUGCCAGCUGGAGGGGUACUCACCAUCGCAAUUAUCCUGGAGGCCAUUGGGCUGCCCACUCACGACCUCUCUCUGAUCCUAGCUGUGGACUGGAUUGUGGACCGGACCACCACGGUGGUGAAUGUGGAAGGGGACGCGCUGGGCGCAGGCAUCCUCCACCACCUGAAUCAGAAGAUGAUAAAGAAAGAGGAGCAGGAACUGAGUGAAGUGAAAGUGGAAGCCAUCCCUAACUGCAAGUCUGAGUUGGAGACGUCGCCCCUGGUGACACACCAGAACCCCGUUGUCCCUGCAGCCAGCGUCCCAGAACUGGAAUCCAAGGAGUCAGUUCUGUGACGGGGCUGGGCUCUGGGCUCACCUGCCAGCAGUGGUGCCCCGCCCUGGUAGCGCAGCCACAGGACACGGACACGGGGCACUGCCCUCUCUGACUUUUAGCCUCCCGAGCAACGCUUUGGCCUGUCACCAGUCUGAGGAUUACCUCUCAGCACUUACACUGGUUCCCCAGUGGGAACUGGUGACCGAGGACCAGGACACUGACAUUUGGCUUGAUCCACGUGCAGGUGCAACUGUGUGCACACCAGGCCUCUGCUUGGAUACACCCCCUUGAGCUGCCAGGCUUGGGAAAUAACAGGUUUCUGGGGUCCUGGUUAAAGCAUGGAAAAAUGCAGGUGUAUUCUUCACUGCCCCGUCAGCUCUGCAGCGGGUGCUUUCUGGGCAAGCCAAGGGGGUUUACAGUCCUUCUGUUGUACUGCCUCGAGUUGUAGUGAUUAGAAAAAUUCCCAAGUUCUUAGCUGUGGCUGGAAUUUGCUGAGCUGAGACUAGGGUGUUUAAAGAGUUUGUGCUACAGCUAGGUGUGUGGGCUUCACAGGAUGCUGGGGGACCAGAGGCAUGGCACAGUGUCAAGUUAGAAAUGUUCCGGGGAGGCAGUUGCACUGCUGGGGUCUCUGGUCAGUAGCCUUAAGUAAGCAAUGUAAAUUCUGAGGUCAAACAAAGGAGAGGGUGCAGCCUGCAGGGUGUGUGUGUGCACGUGUGUGAUAUAUGUAUGUGUGUGUGAGCCCUAGUUAGGACAGAGGCACACACACAAAUGUCCCUGUUUCCAUCCCAGCCCUGGGGCACUUUUCUGCUUCCAGGGCCUGGGCCUCUGACAACACUGCAGCUUCAUCUCCAUUCACCCUGAUCUGGUGACAGGCCAAAGCAGGGGUCUCCUCCUCCUCUGGAGAGGUGUGAUGUAGUCAUCACAUCCAGGACCCUUGUUGCUUUAUCAAUCUAUUAUUUUAAUUCCCUAAAAUGCUGUGUUGCAGCAAAAACAACACCCCCUGCAAAUAAACCCAUGUGCUAAUUUGGACAGAGUAACACCAUUCCUGGGUUCUCAGGCUUUGGCUGGCUUCCACAGAUAGAUCCCUUUCUUGCCAGUACAUCAAAGUCUAAAAUGAUCAGCAAAACAGUCCACGUUCCUGUAGUUACCUGCUGACUCAGUUCUGAUCCAGGUGAGGGGCUUUCAUAGAGAAGACAGUGUGUUGCCAGCAAGAGGGAAGACCUAAGAGCCUGCUGUCUGACUGUAGCCGUUGCUGCGUAUCCGUGAUGUGACCUCUCGCAGGUCCUGGGCCUCACUUUACUCAAUUUGUGAAAUGGGGCUAAUGUCGUCUGCCUCUUACCUACCUCAGAGGGGUUUGGUGAGGCGAACUCUGUAAAUCUGUGAAAAACAACCAUUUCGCUUCUUAGGUAUUCAGUGCUGACACCGUGCGCUCUUCUUUUACCUAAGUGACAGCUUUCCUGGUGAAGAUCAAGUUUAUGAGCAGGGCUUUGUUGUCUUUGUGCAUUGGAACUUUUAUCAUGCCGUUUGUUUUUUGUUCUCUUUGUACUUGAUAUCAUCAAAUGUAGCCUCUUCCUGACGUCCUUCAAGUUUUAAUGAAUUAGCUACCCCACCUUCUACCACAUUUCCAGGCACCUGACUUCGAGGUGACUCCCAGACUCAGGCGCUGUUUCUGCUACCCCACAACAGGCCAUUAACGUCUUCGAUGUUCGGCCUCAUUCAUUCCCUUGUUUUCUCUGUUGUCGUGGGCCCUACAAACGGGGUACACACCUUUGCUAUGUGUGCACCAUCGUGAUGAGCCUGGGCAGAUGGGACAGAGACAAUCAAGCGCCCCUCAUUUUAAAACUGGGGGCAGUGCCUGCACAGAAGGGCGGGGAAGAGCCCCGGGGCACAGCGUUGACCCAGCCAGUGGGAAGGCCCAGCUCUCCAUAAACCAGCUCAGCCACUGCAGUCUCCUGUGAAGCCAGGAGUGACCAGGAAUGAGUAAAGGUGCCUGGAAACUUUCACCCUCUGUCUGGAGCUUGUUGCUAAUACCCUUCUGUUCUCAAAGGGGAAACAAUCACAUUGUUUGAUUCCAAACUGCAAAUGAACAUUCACUAUUUUUCAGACUUCAGUAAAUCUUUUUUUCUUCUUCCAUAUACAUUUGUAUGUAUACAUAAACACACAUAUGUAUAUCUUUAAACAUAUACACACAAAAUACAUAUGUGUAUAUUUACACACAUACGUGUGUGUGUGUGUGUAGUUUUGGCUCCAAUCCAAGCAAGUUUGAGUUUGGAUAGAGGUGAAUUUAACUACAAGUUGUAUGUCUUUGGUAUCUUGAUUUUCCCAUUUCUAAAGAUGAAUUUCACAAAGUGUGGAAAGUAGACUGGACAGUAAGACUCAUUGCUGACCACCCCAUAGCUUGGCCUGGCCCUGAAGUAGGAAGAGUGUCGCAGUCUGGAGAUGGGUGCUUCUGUGUGGCUGUCAGAUCACCCUUCCCCUGGGAAGCAAGAAGAGGAGAGAGAAGGCUCCUGUCUCUCCCUGGUUUUCAGUACACAGAGGAGUCGGCAGACCAGCAGCAACCGAAUGGGGAAAAUCGUACUUCUCAUUGUUUGGAAACGUCUCCUCUGCUAUUCUCUUUCUAACAUGUUGUCAUUAAUACUGUUCAAAUACCGUUCAUCUUUGACUGUUUUGUAUGUGUGACACUUGCCUUAAAACAUAGCACGGUCCUCAAAAAUGAAUACAGUAUUUCUGUUGGGA